AUGUUCAGGUGGGAGAAGCUAAGUGAACUGCAGCAGACCCUGAUGAACGUGUUGACGAAAAAGGGCAUUCUGCAAAGUUACGAUCGAGAAAGGGUGAGGAGAAAGAAGAGGGAUGUGAACGGGGCGAUCGUGAGACGUGCCAAUAAACUGCGGUCAUUUAGCGCACAGGAGGUCGGCGGUUCGAUUCCGCACGAGAUCAGUUGGGCGUAUUUUUGUGAUUUUGUGGGAUACUUGGCGAGACCUAGCGGAAUAAUGGAAUAG